AAAACCACGUUAACAUUUCAGACGAGCACCGAAGCUACCAAAGGAGUGAAGUUAGCUUGUUGGGGAGCCAUUGAUUCCCACAACCUUUCCGUCUAUCCUAACUAAGAGCGAAGAGAAAAACGCCCAGUAUGACUCUAUCGUAAUCAGUCACGACUCAAUUUCCAUCUAAAUAUCCACAAAAACUUUUGGACUGGUUUUACGGCGUACUGGUAUCGCUGGUACUGUGACAAAAAGUAGACAAGAUCUUCUUCCUUGGUCUCAAGAAUGCCAGUAAAAUCAUGCUUCUUCACAUGCUCAAGGCCGAGGUAUGUACCUCCUUCAUCUUGUCGAGUUGAUUGAAUUUGAUUAUUGGGUUGUCGCAGAGAUUAGUUCAACAUCAGCCAACACAAUAUCCGACGUCAGAAGAACUGAGUAUUGAGAUAAUUAAGUUUUAGGCAUUUGAUUUCGGGGGUCAUCAGAUCUCCCGCAGAGUAUGGAAGGAUUACUUUGCCAAGUUUGCAGUUAGCACAAAAUGCACAAUGAAUCUGAUAUUAUGCUCGAAGGUCGAUGCUGUCUAUUUGGUCGAUACCUACCAUAAAAGCGUUUUUCAGAAUCAAAGAAAAUAUAUCCUUUCUCAUUUUGGGUAACAAGAAUGACAUGCCAUGUGCUGCCUUGGAAGAUUAGUCGUCUUAUCACCUAGGCAUGACUGGUAUAACCACCGUCAGAGAGAAGAAGCCCGGCUACCCUUUGCAUGUGAUCCGAAAGACUCGACAACUAAAAACUUGGCAUUUUGUAAAUCCAAUUUACCCAUACCUGAUAGAGUAAGAGAUUUUAUUGGACGUUUGACAUUGCAAGAGAAGGUGAAGCUCUUAGUGAAUGGUGCCUCCGCCGUGCCUCGGCUGGGUGUUAAAGGUUACGAGUGGUGGUCGGAGGCUCUUCACGGCGUCUCAGAUGUAGGACCCGGUACAAAGUUUGGUGGUGACUUCCGUGGCGCUACCAGCUUCCCUCAGGUUAUCACCACCGCAGCUUCGUUCAAUGCUUCAUUGUGGGAGGAAAUUGGACGGGUUGUGUCAGAUGAGGCAAGAGCAAUGUACAAUGGAGGUAUGGCGGGCCUGACAUUUUGGAGCCCAAAUGUUAAUAUAUUUCGUGACCCAAGAUGGGGGAGGGGACAAGAGACUCCCGGAGAAGACCCUGUACUGGCUGGUAAAUAUGCGGCGAGUUACAUCAGAGGACUACAGGGGACAGACGGCGGCGACCGGCUGAAAGUGGCGGCUUGUUGCAAGCAUUAUACGGCGUACGACCUUGAUAACUGGAGUGGGGUCGAUAGAUUCCACUUUAAUGCAAAGGUUAGUAAGCAAGAUAUUGUAGAUACAUUUGACAUUCCAUUUAGAAGUUGUGUUAUGGAAGGUAAGGUUGCAAGUGUAAUGUGCUCUUACAAUCAAGUCAAUGGCGUACCCACCUGCGCGGAUCCGAAACUUCUUCGAGAAACUAUACGAGGUGCUUGGCGCCUUAACGGUUACAUCGUCUCAGACUGUGAUUCAGUUGGCGUGUUCUACGAUAAUCAACAUUAUACAUCAACGCCAGAAGAAGCAGCAGCAGAUGCAAUCAAAGCAGGUUUGGAUUUGGAUUGUGGGCCAUUCCUUGCAAUACACACAGAGAAUGCAGUACAAAAGGGGUUACUAAAGGAAGAUGAUAUAAUGGUUGCCUUAGCUAAUACAGUUGCUGUUCAAAUGAGGUUGGGGAUGUUUGAUGGAGAGCCAUCGACGCAGCCAUAUGGUAACUUGGGUGCAAAAGAUGUAUGCACCCUAGCUCACCAGGAGCUUGCACUUGAAGCCGCUAGACAGGGCAUUGUUCUUCUCAAAAAUCAUGGCCCUUCACUACCUGUGUCUCCUCGACGGCAUCAUACUAUUGCAGUAAUUGGGCCUAACUCGGAUGUCACUAUCACAAUGAUUGGCAAUUAUGCUGGUGUUGCUUGUGGAUAUACAACUCCAUUACAAGGAAUAGGAAGGUAUACUAGGACUAUUCAUCAACAAGGUUGUGCCAAUGUGGCUUGUGCUGAUGAGGUAUUCUUUGGAGGAGCAGUUGAUGCAGCACGUCAAGCAGAUGCAACUGUUCUAGUUAUGGGACUAGACCAGUCAAUUGAAGCUGAAUUCAGAGAUAGAGCUGGCCUCCUCCUACCAGGACGUCAACAAGAGCUUGUUAGUAAGGUUGCCAUGGCGUCAAGAGGUCCGACGAUCUUGGUAUUAAUGAGUGGAGGUCCUAUUGAUGUAUCAUUUGCAAAAAACGAUCCAAAAAUUGGUGCAAUUGUUUGGGCUGGCUAUCCCGGCCAAGCAGGAGGAGCCGCAAUAGCUGAUAUCCUAUUCGGAAUGCAUAAUCCGGGUGGGAAGCUACCAAUUACAUGGUACCCGCAGGAAUACUUAAACAACUUGCCAAUGACUGCAAUGGAUAUGCGAUCAAAUCCUUCAAGUGGCUAUCCGGGGAGGACUUACCGUUUCUACAAGGGAGAUGUGGUGUAUCCAUUUGGGCAUGGACUGAGCUACACAAACUUUGUUCACACAAUUGCAGAUGCUCCAACGGUUGUUUCAGUCACUGUUCACGGGCGCCACCAUACCAACACCACCAUUACUAGCCAGGCCGUUCGAGUUACACAUGCAAAAUGUAAUAGGCUAUCCAUUAGUUUUUACGUUGAUGUGAGAAAUAUAGGGUCUCGAGAUGGCACACACACGUUACUUGUAUAUUCAUCGCCUCCUGGAGGACAUUGGGCACCACACAAACAAUUGGUUGCAUUUGAGAAAGUGUACGUGCCCGCGAAGGGACAGCAGCGAGUUUCUAUCAAGAUUCACGUGUGUAAGUACCUUAGUGUUGUCGAUAGGGCUGGAAUUCGAAGGAUUCCUAUGGGUGAACACGCUAUUCAUAUUGGGGAUGCUAGGCAUGCUGUUUCACUUGAAGCUGCAACUCUAGGGGUGAUCAAAUCAUGACUGUUUCCAUACAGGGUUGGCGUAAAAAAUGUAUGGCUCGUGUCUGCUCUUCCUCCAAAAUGCAUUUAACAUUAUUCAAACCCAAAUUGAAUACAUGAUAUGUUUCAUUAUUUUCAUUAUUCAUUAAGGAAAUGUAAAAGUUGUGUGAUUUAUGAUCAGAAAUACUAGUUUUACAAGGGGAUUCUUUCCCUUUUGCAUUUAAAAUUA